CGCGGCGCCGCCGGCUCUCUGCGGGGCCCGCCGCCGCCGCCAACCGCGCACCAGGAGCUGGGCACGGCGGCAGCGGCGGCGGCGGCGGCGUCGCGCUCGGCCAUGGUCACCAGCAUGGCCUCGAUCCUGGACGGCGGCGACUACCGACCCGAGCUCUCCAUUCCGCUGCACCACGCCAUGAGUAUGUCCUGCGACUCGUCCCCGCCCGGCAUGGGCAUGAGCAACACCUACACCACGCUGACGCCGCUCCAGCCGCUGCCACCCAUCUCUACCGUGUCCGACAAGUUCCACCAUCCGCACCCGCACCACCAUCCGCACCACCACCACCACCACCACCACCAGCGCCUGUCGGGCAACGUCAGCGGCAGCUUCACCCUCAUGCGUGACGAGCGCGGGCUCCCGGCCAUGAACAACCUCUACAGUCCCUACAAGGAGAUGCCCGGCAUGAGCCAGAGCCUGUCCCCGCUGGCCGCCACGCCGCUCGGCAACGGGCUAGGCGGCCUCCACAACGCGCAGCAGAGUCUGCCCAACUACGGUCCGCCGGGCCAUGACAAAAUGCUCAGCCCCAACUUCGAGGCGCACCACACUGCCAUGCUGACCCGCGGUGAGCAACACCUGUCCCGAGGCCUGGGCACCCCGCCCGCGGCCAUGAUGUCGCACCUCAACGGCCUGCACCACCCAGGCCACACUCAGUCCCACGGGCCAGUGCUGGCGCCCAGUCGUGAGCGACCACCCUCGUCCUCAUCGGGCUCGCAGGUGGCCACGUCGGGCCAGCUGGAGGAGAUCAACACCAAAGAGGUAGCCCAGCGCAUUACCGCCGAGCUGAAACGCUACAGCAUCCCACAGGCGAUCUUCGCGCAGAGGGUGCUGUGCCGGUCUCAGGGGACUCUCUCCGACCUGCUCCGGAAUCCAAAACCGUGGAGUAAACUCAAAUCUGGCAGGGAGACCUUCCGCAGGAUGUGGAAGUGGCUGCAGGAGCCGGAGUUCCAGCGCAUGUCCGCCUUACGCCUGGCAGCGUGCAAACGCAAAGAGCAAGAACCAAACAAAGACAGGAACAAUUCCCAGAAGAAAUCCCGCCUGGUGUUCACUGACCUCCAACGCCGAACGCUCUUCGCCAUCUUCAAGGAGAACAAACGCCCGUCGAAGGAGAUGCAGAUCACCAUUUCCCAGCAGCUGGGCCUGGAGCUCACUACUGUCAGCAACUUCUUCAUGAAUGCCCGGCGCCGCAGCCUGGAGAAGUGGCAAGAUGACCUGAGCACGGGGGGCUCCUCGUCCACCUCCAGCACUUGUACCAAAGCAUGAUGGAAGGACUCUCACUUGGGCACAAGUCACCUCCAAAUGAGGACAACAGAUACCAAAAGAAAACAAAAAGGAAAAAGACACCAAAUUCUUAGCUGGGGCCCUUCACUGGUGAUUUGAAAGCACAAUUCUCUUGAAAAGAAACUUCUAUUCUAGCUGUAAUCAUAGGCCAGGUGUUCUUUUGUUUUGUUUUGUUUUUAAUGGCUAUGUAGUCCAAGUGCAAGCUGAAAAUUAAUUUUUUUGAACCAGACAUUGUCCUCUGAGCAUGCUAAGCAUCCCAGAAACCCAAAUGGGGCCUUCCUGGAGAGAGUCAAUUCCAGUAUGGUGUCAACCAAGCUCAGGAUUGCUUAAAAUGUCAUCAGUCCCACUUUGGGUCCUGUCAACCUCUUGCAGUCAGCAUUCCCAUGAGUAACAAUGGGGAUUGGGCCUAUGUAAGGACUCCUGAGUUUAGGCUUCCAAGAUGCUACAAUAAGAAAAGACUGUGGCAACAAGAAUGACCUCAUUUGCUUUCCAAGUGCUUAGCCUCAUUAUACCACAGUACACCAAAAUCCACAGCCAUAACAUAAAAAAACAUCAGAAUGGUAAUUACUGAGCACAAGUUUUAAAUGUGGAAGUUAAAAAAAAAAAAAUCCAAGGACUUGUUUUUCCAACUCAGGCAUCUUUUCAUUGAAUGGUUUGGAAAGCUUUAAGUUGACCCAGUUUGCAAUUUUCUUUUUUUUUACCUCCUGGAAAUCUCACAUGGUCUUGGAUCUGUCAAAAACAAAUCAGUUCACUUGAGCUCAAAGUAUCAAGCACAACGAAGAUAAACAGAAGUAAAGAAGGUUCUGGAUUCACCACAUCAGGAUUUUCAAGACACCUAUUGUGAAGUCAUUAGGGAAUCAUUGGGAAUAUGGCUUCAAGCACAUUUUGCAGUUUGCUACAAAUCCUGUUUGUACAUAAUGCAGAUGCACACUCAGGAGGCCAAUUUAACUGUUACGGUACAUGGAGCAAAUGCAGCAUUUUAAAAGAUCUAGAUUUUUUUAGAUCAUUAAUGUAUCCUUCUUGGUUUAUCAGUCAUCUGGUUCCUCCUAUCGUGCAUUGUGACCACCACGUAAUUCAUUCUCACUCUUUCUGAUUUGAGUUGUUCCCUCAUCCAUCCUAUUAGUAGGGAUGCUUUCAGUGUUUUCUAACAAGAAAAAAAAAUCAGUCAAUCAAUCAAACCUCCAUAUAUGUUACUCAUGACUCAUCCAGUCCUAAAUCUCUUCCAUUGUUGAAUCAUCCUUACAAAACAGCUUAACACAUCUGGAGAAAACACAGCACACCAAAGAAGCAGAAUACUGCAAACCAAAGACAUUUAUUACUUGCCAUUUUCUAGCCUAAAAAUACUGUGAUUACUUUUAGAAAUCAGAAAAACCUCUGCAACUCCGAAUGGUAUUCAGCUCUUGCUUUUGGCACACCAUCGAGCUGAGUGGACCACCGCGCCAAGGACGUUAGCCAAGCCACCCAGGGAGUGGCCUCGCCACGCCAGUUCUGGUUCCUGGCUCUCACCUUCCCAUAGUAAGUGGAAGAGCCCACAGAACUCUGGGAGAUUGCAAAGGUCACGACGUGCAUAUUUACCAGUGAAUGGCCCCAGGUGGGCACCAUGGGGGUGUUCAAAGCAAGCCAAACGCUGCAAUGAUUCUUUACAGACACUUGAGACUGACUUUUUUAUGAAUUACUUAAUCGAAACCAAAGAAACUUUUUCUGCACCUACUUCUGCAACAAACAAAACUGUCCCAUUGAAAAGAAUAAAUAAAUCCGUGAAUCAAUGGAAAUCACCACCAACAAGAAGGAAGCACGCCAGAAAAACAGAACCAAAAACAGCGAGACACACUGUGUUCAAACAGACCUCUUGGGACAUUUUUUGGAAGCAGAUUUUUAAAGAAAGGGUUGAGACAAGGAUAGAAAUAAGGAAGAGCCUCAGUGGCUGCUGCUUCAUUUGACAACUCACGUGGUAAUCUUAAAGUUGAAGAUUGUCUUUAAUUUGUGCCUAUGCAGUUUUUUCAAAAGAACAUGGAACAGAGCAACAGAAACCUCAACAGCUACAAUACCAAAGAUGAGGAUUUCUCAUACCUUUUGUUUCAGUUCAUUAUCUCCUCUUGCCUGGCUAAAAUACUAAUAGCGCCAUUGAUCUGUAUAAAGGUAAUUAAUUAUGUUUCUCUGAGCAACAAAAGGAAAGGGUCAUUUAUUUGAUUUUAUGGUUUCCUUUUAGUUUUCUUUUAUGGCUUUUUACCCCAACAUGGAAUCUCUCAAAAGCUUCCAUGGACUCCAAGUUUAAGAUGUUGGGAUAUUGAACAGUUUUCUUCUCUCUGCUCAGCAGGGGGUGGGGAAUGAUAUUGUCACUUGAAUGUCCUUUGCUUAACCCUUAGACUUGGUUACUUCUGUGUUCAGAGUCUGAUCAUCAGGGGAGGGAAGGGAGCGAGGGUCAGGAGUAAGGGUCUUGGCGAUUCAAUCUCUCCCAAGCCACAGAACCAAAGAGUUUAUAGAGGUAUUUGCAGCCUCGUCUUCACGUGAUCGCUACAUCCUAACAGGGCUUCAUUUGGGGGUGGGGGGAAACAUGUAAAAAUAAUUGCCAGUUUCUACUUUUCUAUUAGCUUUUUAAAAAUCAGCUGUAAAGUUGCAUUUCUAAUGAAAGAUAUAUAUAAUAUAUGAAUACAUAUAUAGAUCAACUCGACAUUGGUGAUAACCCAAAAGUAUUGCUGUCCAAAUUCAUGUCUUGUUUUUGUCAAGUGCUUCAUUCGUUAGGGAUUCGGUUCAGAAGUGUUCUCCUUUCCCGUGCCAUUCCAGAGUUAAUUUGCCUUUGUGGAUGAUUUGGAGUAUUCAGAUCUCUAUGAAAGUUUCUGGGAAAGGUUUAAAGUCAAGUUCAAGCAUUCCAACAUUUAACCUGUUGAUAAGUGGAUCCAUGGCAUCAGUGAGUUUCAUUUGUAUUUGGAGUCAUCUCUAUUCUAUGCCUCAGCCUUGAUCAAGUGGCCAGUGAGGCACAUCCACAAGACCCGGCCCGGAACUGGGCCCGGACAGUGGGGUGUUCAUCUUCUUAACUGCUGGGGAAGCUCAGUGGUCCGUUUCCACCAGUUAUGGGAUAUGAGGCCAGACUGGAAAUCUGUUCUCCAGGAGUUGCCCUGUCCCAUCUGGGUGUCCCAGAUCCCCCUCAGUGAGUAGAUCCACCAAAGGGACUUCUCAUAGGGGAAGUCCAGCUCCCGUUGCAAUGGGUUGAUCAGGCUUCCUCAGGGUGGUAAUUACCAAUUCGUAUUGACAAGCCUGUGUGCAACCACAGCUGGCACUGGGGUGGGGCAGUAGUGUUGUUGGGGGGAAGGGAUCUCAGUCCUGGAGGGAAAAUAUAAAGCAGGUUUUGGGGAGAAUCCCAGAGUCCUGCUCCUAGAGAGCCCCAUUGUCAUUCUUUGUGCCACCUCCUCAUUCCCACCAUGUGGGUCUCCCUUGGCAGGGGCAACAGCUGUGGAGCUGUGACAGAAUGAGGCUCUCCAUGAUUUUUGUAAUUCAUCCUGCCUGGGGAAUUGUUCCUUGACUUUUCCCUUGUGUCUCUUGGUCCCUUGUUUAUACUCCAUGUAUCCUUUGUCAAAGGACCUAGAAAAGAGCAUAUUUCAGCAGAGGAAUGUUCCCGUAUGGAUUGAUUUCAACUUGGGUAUUUCUAAAUGAGUCAUUGUGACUUGAGGCCAAUGGAGACAGUUGUUCUUCUCAAGUUUGGAUUGAGGAACGGAGCCUGCUUGAUUUGGUCAGUGAUUCUUUGACACACUAAUCUCAGUAUUUGGGUGUCUCUGGCAUCCUCUGAAGAUGUCUAAGACCAAAAAAGGCUGCCAUCGUGGCCUGCCAUUUCAACACUGGUCAAACCAGUCCUCUGGUGAUCAGAGGAAGAUGUAAAAGAAGGCAAGAAUUUUCCUCCAAGGACUUUUGA